CGCCUUUCCAGACAUGCUGAGGAGCGCUCUGCUGUGCGCCGCGCUCGGGCUCCUGCGCGCCCAGCCCUUCCCCUGCCCACCCACCUGCAGGUGCAUUUUCCGCGACGCCGCGCAGUGCUCGCAGGGUAGCGUGGCGCGCAUCGCGGCGCUCGGCUUGCCCACCAACCUUACGCACAUCCUGCUUUUCCGAAUGGGCCCCGGCGCCUUGCUGAACAGCAGCUUCAGUGGCAUGACCGUCCUGCAGCGCCUAAUGCUGUCCGACACCCACGUUUCGGCCAUUGCUCCCGGCACUUUCAACGAUCUGAUAAAACUUAAAACCCUGAGGUUAUCGCACAACAAGAUCACUCAUCUUCCAGGCGCGCUGUUGGAUAAGCUGGUGCUCUUGGAACAGUUGUUUCUGGACGGCAAUGAACUAAAGAGCCUUGACCAAAACAUGUUUCAGAAACUGGUUAACCUGCAGGAGCUCUUUUUGAACCAAAACCAGCUCGCUUUCCUCCCUGCCAGCCUCUUCACACACCUGGGGAACCUGAAAUUGUUGGAUUUAUCGGGAAAUAAUUUGACCCACCUGCCCGAGGGAUUGUUUGGGGUCCAGGUUAAGCUUGAGAAGCUUCUGCUCCACUCGAACCAGCUCGUGUCUCUGGAUUCGGGGCUGUUGGAUAGCCUGCGCGCCCUGAUGGAGCUGCAGCUCGACAGAAAUCACAUCCGUUCCGUCGCACCUGGCGCCUUCGACCGUCUGCGAAGCCUGAGCUCUUUGACUCUUUCCAGAAACCGCCUCGAGUUUCUGCCCUCUGCCCUCUUUCUUCAUUCGCACAAUUUGACCUACCUGACACUGUUCGAGAACCCGCUGGAGGAACUCCCCGAGGUGCUCUUCGGGGUGAUGGGCGGCCUGCGGGAGCUGUGGCUGAACGCCACCCAGCUGCGCACCCUGCCUGCCGCCGCCUUUCGCAACCUGAGCGGCCUGCGGGUCCUGGGGGUGACGCUGAGCCCGCGACUGAGCGCGCUCCCGGAGGACGCCUUUCGGGGCCUCGGCGAGCUGCGGGUGCUCGCCCUGCGCUCCACCGGCCUGGCUUCCCUCCCCGCCGGCUUGCUCCGCGGCCUCGGCGGGCUGCGCCACUUGUCGCUGCGCCGCAACCGGCUGCGGACCCUGCCCCGCGAGCUCUUCCGCAACCUCAGCAGCCUGGAGGAGGUCCAGCUUGACCACAACCAGCUGGAGACACUGCCCGGAGACGUUUUUGAGGCUCUGCCCCGGCUGGCGAAGGUCCUGCUGGGGCACAAUCCCUGGCGCUGCGACUGUGGCCUGGGGCCAUUCCUGGCGUGGCUGCGGCGGCACGCGGGCCUCGUGGGUCGAGCCGAGGCCCCGCUGUGUCACGGCCCCGGGCCGCACGCCGGCCUGUCGCUCUGGGCCCUGCCCCUCAGCGACCCCGGCUGCCCGCGCCCCGGGAGCACGCCUUCCCGCCGCCUUGCCCUCGGCUCUUCCGAAGGCCCCCAGCAGCCCACCCUGCCCGCCGCCCCUGCCCGCGCUUCCUUGGGACCCAAGCGCUCCGAGUCCUGGGCGUGGGCCCGGCCGGUGGCCGAAGGCAAAAGUCAGGACCAGAGCCUGUUCUGGGGUCUCUAUUUUCUGCUUUUAGCUGCUCAGGCCAUAAUAACCGGGAUCAUAGUGUUUGCGAUGAUUCGACUCGGCAGGCUCUUUCGGAAAUUAAUCAGAGAGAGAGCUCUGGUUUGAGGCAAUGGUAAAACCUUGCAAUUAAUUAAAACGUGACCAGGGUAUUGUCAGACGUGGCUCUGGAGAGAGUCCCGACGGGCUGCCGCUGUCUUCCUCCUGCUUCCUCUUCCUCUUCUCCCAUCUCCCUCCCUCCCUCUCUCCCUCUCUCCCUCUCUCUUCCCCUUUCAGUCUCACCUCCCAUUCCCGCCCCCGCCCCAUACCAUUUACAGUCAGAAAUUGUGGCUGCCUGCUGUGCCUUUGUCUCCUCCGUCGUGUGCAUCAGGGCGCGCGGGCAGUGAAGGCCCCUCCCAGUGCCCGCCGUGCCAGCAGGAAGGAGGGUUCUCUCCACUGUUUUCGGAGGGAAGGUGCAAAGGAGGCAGCCACCUUCGGUCCAGGGCCCGCCUCCCGCACCUGGCAGGUGUCUGGUAAAUGUUUGUGAAAUGAAUGAAUAACAUGAAUACAGGGGAAUCCAGUGAUAAUGGCUUUUCCUAGCGGAGAAGAUGGAGUGCUCGCUUUAUCUACUUUUAUUUGAAAAGCAGAAUUCUUCCAGUUCUUGGACUUCCCUGGUGGCGCGGUGGUUAAGAAUCCGCCUGCCAAUGCAGGGUACACGGGUUCAAG